AUGUCUCAUGCCUGCAGACAUUGGCGAACUCUCACGACAGAGUCGCCCACGUUUUGGACGCUGGUCGACCUCCGGCGACCAUCAAUCGGCCAAUUGUUUUGCGCUCGCUCAGGCGGACUCGCAAUCCGAGCUGUCUUCAUACAGCCUCGUGAUAUUGACCUGCCUGUCGUUCCGUCCCAAGCUGCAUAUUCACUCCUUCGUCAAUUGCGACGAUUAGAGUGCAUCUACCUUGUGGCUUAUCAGACGGUCGUACGAGAAGUAAUCUCACAUAUCCGGUAUGAAACCCCCGGCUGGUCAUCAAUUUCCACCGGCAUCGAUCCUUCGGCCGCGAUGUUUGCGACACUCUUUGUUGACUUCAGCGAGACUAGAAUCCGCAAACUUUGUCUCGACAGUACCUCAUUUACGGCGUGGCCACAACUCAGCUCUUCCUUGCUUAAUUUGAAGAAGCUGGCCCUUUCUCGUCUUCCUCGGGGGACUCGUCCCACACUUCCACAGGUGCUUUUCCUGCUGCAGAACUGUCCGGACCUCGAGCAUCUCGUGGUAUUGGCAGCCAUCUCGUUUGACGGCUCUGCGACAACCUCCAUUGAUGCGUCACUCAAAAUUGUUGAGCUGUCUCGUCUGCGUUGGUUGGAGGUGGGAUGUGAUAGACAGGGCGUGGUCCAACAGAUUCUGUCCCAUCUCUCAGUGCCGCCAACCACCAACAUCCUCAUUCAUUCUCUUGGUGUGCGAGACCUCGCCACUGUCCUACCAGCCGACCCCUCUUUGUUGGGUCCGCUCGUACCGCCGCAGACCCGCGACAGGCAGCCGACCAAGCGCUCGCUAACAAUUUCUCAUACGGCCAUUGCUCUUUCAAAUGAAGCUCCACAUUGCCAGUCGUCCGUGCGAUUUGUUUUCGCUCCAGCCGAACUACUUCACAUUCUCAACAACCUUCCUUCUAUCGCUCAUCUCCUCUCGCACGUCGUCCAUCUCCGGGCAACCUCUUCGUAUCAUUCUGCGACACCUGUGAACGAGAGCUGGAGAGCAGUCAUGAGGGCUCUACCGUCCCUAACGAGCAUAGAGGUCAGUGGUACCUGGACCACUGGCUUUCUCGACGCCUUGCGCGCCCGUGCCGAAUCAUCCACAUCGAAACGGAUGCUAUGUCCUCAAUUGCAGAACUUACGCUUCAUAGAUAUCCUUAUCGUCGAUAACGGAGCGUUGCAGGUGCUGCGGUACCUGGAACGUAGCCUUUCAAUAAGGUCGCAGUAUAUUCACCCAGCUCUACAAGUCCUCCGCCUGAGGUUUGCUAGUGACACUAGCAACACACUACUCGCGCCGAUCCUGGGGCGGAUCAAGCCCUUGGUACAAUCGCUAAUCGUGCGUGUAGGGACAGCAGAGCUUGUCUACGGAGAUACGAGUGAAUGA